AUGGCAGGAGGUAGGGACGACGUGCAAUCGCUGAUGCUCUACAAGCGAUGGCUCAGGCUCUUGAUAUUUCAAGCUAUGGGAUGUCCUUUGAUACAGAAGGUGACUUUGGCUGCCUUCAUGCUUUCUAGAAAGGCUGACAUCUGGCAAGGUGCUUUGCAAAGAAUGAUGACUGCAGGUACCAAAUUUGUGAGUGGUCUUCGCCCUGAGAUUAAACAAGUUUUCAAUUACCAAGGGAUCACUCAAUAUCAUGAUCUGGUGAACAAGUGUCGAGUCUAUGAUGAGGAUAACCGUGCUAGAGUAACUCAUUAUAUGAGUGGAGGACCCAUGAGGAAUCAUAAUAAGUUUGGGUCAUCUAGUAAGGAUAAGCCUUACACCAAGUCUAUUGGAGAUUCGAGUUCUAUAGUGAAUAACCAAGGUUCUUUGCAACAAAGGAGUCAAGCUCCAAUGACUAGCCAAACUUCUAAAGGGGGAAGUGUGGGUUCUAUUCCACACAACAACUACUUCAAAUGUGGAGAGCCAGGUCAUAGGGCAUAUGAGUUUCAGGCAUCAAAAGUAAUAAUAUGUUUUAAUUGUCAAGAGAAAGGACACAAAGCUUGUGAAUGCCCUAAGAACAAGAAAGGAACAACAGAAGUUGGAGGGAGCACUAGCAAACCUAGGGCGAGGGAAGGGUGUUUGCCUUGA